UGCGCAGGUGAAAAAAGGCUGCUCUGCAGGUUUGUUUAACAUGAGCUUUAAAUGAUAGGUCUGGGUCAAGUAGAACUCCUAGGUUUUUAGCUGUGGUGCUGGAGGCUACACUGACAUUGCCCAGAGUGACUAUCUGGGAAGUUAGAGAGUCUCUCACACUUUUAGGGCCAAUUAUAAUGACUUCUGUCUUUUCAGGGUUAAGUAAAAGAUAAUUAGUGCUCAUCCAGGUAUUUACAGGUACUUAGUUUAUCCACUUGCCUGAUCUGAUCAGGCUUAAUUGAUAAAUACAAUUGAAAACCACAGAACAGCAGACUGCUUUUGUCUUUUUUUUUGGCAAACACUGCUGUCAAACAGUGGACGGGGACAGUAGAUUUAAGAAUGGAGAGUUCGGGUCAAAUAAAACGGCAGACAGCAGCUCACGUGACGUCACACUCCGGAGCGGAUGCGGGCGGGCCGGCUGCAGUACCGCGUCAUGCCAGGUGGAGGAGAAAAGCGCGAUGCUCCGCGCUUAAAGAUGAACGAGGAAGAAUCAUCGCGACGCCAACGGCAGAAAGCGGACGACGCCAUCUUGAAAGAAAUCAUUUCUUUGUCUAAACGUCUUCGAGCUGCCCCCUUCUCACCAUGUUGUACCUAGAGGAUUACCUGGAGAUGAUCGAGCAGCUUCCCAUGGAUCUUCGCGACAGGUUUACGGAAAUGAGAGAGAUGGACCUGCAGGUCCAAAACGCCACAGACCAGCUGGAGCAGAAGGUCACAGACUUCUUUGUCAACGCCAAGAAGAACAAACCCGAGUGGAGGGAGGAGCAGAUGGAGGUCAUCAAGAAGGAUUACUACAAAGCCCUGGAAGACGCGGACGAGAAAGUGCAAUUGGCCAAUCAGAUUUACGAUCUGGCGUCACCUGUGCCGCGUCGUAUCCAGGUGGACCGGCACCUGCGCAAACUGGACCAGGAGCUGGCCAAGUUCAAAAUGGAGCUGGAGGCCGACAACGCCGGCAUCACCGAGAUCCUGGAGAGACGCUCUCUGGAGAUGGACGGCCCGUCUCAGCCCGUCAACAACCAUCACGUCCACUCGCACGCCGCAGAGAAGAGGAAGUACAGCGCGUCCGCCCACCACACGACCGAACACGUCCCCGAGAAGAAGUUCAAGUCCGAGGCCUUACUGUCCACGCUGACGUCGGACGCCUGCAAGGAGAACGCGCAAGCUUGCCGUACCAACAGCAACGCGUUGUCGUCCGCCAACAACGCGUACGCCGUCCACUCUUCGCAAGCUUUGACCUCGUACGGCCUGAGCCCUCUGCCGGCCGGGCCCGCGGCCGGAGCCGGCGCCAUCAGCAUGGCCGCCGCCCAGGCCGUGCAGGCCACCGCGCAGAUGAAGGAAGGUCGGCGGACGUCCAGCCUGAAGGCCAGUUACGAGGCCAUCAAGAACAACGACUUCCCGCUGAGCCGAGACUUUGCUCUUUCCCGCGAAGCUUCGCCGUACCCGUCUUCCGCGCUGGCGUCCACGCUGACGCAGACGCCGGCGCCGGCCGCCGCCAACUCCGUUAACUCGGACUCCCGGGGCCGCAAGUCCAAGAGCGGCGUCAAGUCUUCCAAUCACCAGUCCUCUUCGUCCUCGUCCUCCUCGUCGCUGUCGUCGUGCUCCUCGUCUUCCGCUUUGGCUCAGGAACUGUCGCAGCAGGCGUCGGCGCUGCCCGAGGCGGAGGCCGGCGGCCAGGUGGACUGGACCUACGACCCCAACGAGCCGCGCUACUGCAUCUGCAACCAGGUGUCGUACGGGGAGAUGGUGGGUUGCGACAACACGGACUGCCCCAUCGAGUGGUUCCACUACGGCUGCGUGGGCCUGAGCGAAGCCCCCAAAGGCAAAUGGUACUGCCCCCAGUGCACGGCCGCCAUGAAACGACGCGGGAGCAGACACAAGUAGAUCCAUCGGCGGGAGGAAAGCUGUCCGGUGCGCGUUUUUCUUUCUCGUGCCACAAUAAAAUUUUCUUGUCAACGACGCCUUCGUCUCAUUUGUCGCGUGACGUCGACCCCCUCUACCCGUCUAGCGUUUUUACCGCGGUUUUGGCGAG